GCUGUGUUGUCAUUUGUCAAGUUAAGCAAAAUCGACCGUGUAUCCUACAUGUUUUACUUUCAAUAAACUAAAUCAUAUUUAAAAUUCAUAAAUAGUGUUAAUUAGUGAAUAAUGAAAUAUCAGCGCUCAAUUCAGGUGUAAUCUUCGCUGUAUCACAGUUAUCUAAUAAAAAUAUUCUAUAUUUAUCGGCGAACUGUAAAUUUUUUGCUUAAAAAAUGGAUGGAACCGUCGUCUUGAUUUUAUUGGCUUUAGUUAUGUUAAUCGGAUCCUACGUUGCUGGCAGCAUCCCCCUUAAUGUCAGCAUGUCUGAGGAAAAACUGCUCAAAGUGACAGUCUUCGGUGCUGGUCUCCUCGUAGGCACUGCGUUGGCCGUGAUCAUCCCUGAAGGUGUUCGUUCUCUGUUCGGUGAGAGGGCGGCGGUCACCAACUACACGGCGGAGCCGAACGUGCAGACUGACUUGCACUCGGUCAUCGGCAUAUCGCUGGUUUUGGGAUUCAUCUUCAUGCUGAUGGUGGACCAGCUGUCGGCUCGCUACAACGACUCUAGCAAUCCCUUGGAAAAGAAUGUCACAGCCACCGUGGGGCUGGUGGUGCACGCUGCUGCCGAUGGUAUAGCGCUCGGCGCGGCGGCGACCACGUCGCACGCGGACGUCGAGAUCAUCGUGUUCCUGGCGAUCAUGCUGCACAAGGCGCCCGCCGCCUUCGGCCUCGUCACCUUCCUGCUGCACGCGGGCCUGGAAAGGAAUCGAAUCCGCAAACACCUGUUGAUAUUCUCGUGCUCCGCGCCGCUGCUGGCGCUCGUCACCUACUUCGGCAUCGGGAAUGAGAGCAAACAGACGCUCAGCGACUUCAACGCGACCGGCAUCGCCAUGCUCUUCUCGGCCGGCACGUUCCUGUACGUGGCGACCGUGCACGUGCUCCCCGAGAUCACGAACCCCUCCCACCCGACGCACAGCCUGCUGCCGCUGCAGGAGGCCAUCCCCCCCAAGCGGGGCUUCUCGGGCCUCCAGAUGCUGGACGUGGCCAUCCUCGCAUGCGGCGCCCUGCUGCCGGUCCUGCUGACCAUGGGGCACGAGCAUUGAUAUCUGCCCCAGGUGUAUAGGGUCACGAAGGCCCUAUACAGGAUCGUGCUGGUCCUGGUCUGUCUCAACCUGUACCUGCGGCUCUGUAUAUACCUGCUGCAGAGGGAUCGGGUCAUUAAGAGGAAUUGAAAAGGUCCGCUGGGAAUUUGGAGGGAAAAAAUAUUUUUUUUUUGUGUUGUGUGUUUGUUUAGUGAAAUUCGGUGGUUAGUGGUGCGAAUAAAGACAUUAAAAUGUUGGUUAUGUAUGUGACAUGAAAAGUUAACCGGUUUUUUGGAUAGGCCAAGUGAUUUGAUAAGACUUUUGGUGGAGCGAAAAUUGUUGAGUGAUUCUUUUUCAAAGCGAUCGAUGUUUCUAGACUUUAUAAUGUAUGCGCAAACGCAUUGGCGCGGCAGUCGCUUGCCGGCCGCUAGCGAGUGCGCACGCGUUCUGGCCUUCGCAUAUUCACAUAUCUGAGUAUGCAAUAGUGUUUUACUUGUAUUGGAGUCAUUACAGAGAGUUGGACACGUAUGUGUGAGUGUAUGUAUAUUUUUCUAUCUGUCUAUCUGUCUGUCUGUUAGUCACACUCUGUUGCGUAAACGUCUACAUUUUAAUAAAUGAAUAAUCUAUAGAUUACUAAUAUUAAAUUGUAAGUAGGUGUUGUAAUUUAUUUUUGAACGACAUUUUGUUCAAAUUGAAUUAUUUUUUUUAUGUCAAGGUUGUAUCAAAAUUGAUAAUGUUUAAAAAGAAACGUAUUUCUUAAUAUCAUUUCAUUUGUAGAAUAAUACUUUCGUCUAUAUUUUUGAAUUCAUGCAACCCCAUCUUUAGGGGCUCAGCAGUUUUCGAGUUAUUGUGUACAAUAAAAGAUGUACCUACAAGCAUACAUUUUGUAAAAAACUUUGUAGAGUAAAUGUUUUUUUAAUAUAUUUAAUCGUCCUAAAAUGGAAUUUAACUAAAACUAUGAAUAAUAAUCUAGUUUUGAUGUGAUUUUGCUAAAAUUAAAUGUUACCUUCAAUGCCAUCGUGCUGUCUCCGUUUGUCUCUUUUGAAUUUGUAUGUUACAGAGAGAGAUACCGCGAUUUUUAUGUAAGUAUGUACAUAUUUUAUACUGGCUUUGGUAUUGACAUAGGAAAACCAUGUAAUUUUGAAUAAUUGAAAUGUAUUGUAUACUUAUAAUGUAUGUGAAAAUAUAAA